AUGUACACCAAUCUGUACAGCACGUCAAGCGUCGAUUUGCCCAAGGCUGUCGCGAAAUCUACUUCUCUGGAGCUCAUGAAGGCCUACGCCCAGCCAGACCAGGUCAAAGAACUCUAUGGUGUGCUCUACAGCACAACCGGGGUGAACCUCCCGAAGAAGGACGCGCAGGUGAAGGCAGUGGAGUUGGCCAAGGCCGGCGCUGACCCUGUUGCCCUCAAGAACUCCUAUGCUAGCGCCCACGGAACCAAGGAGUUCUGGAUGCAAUUCCUGCAGACCUCUGCCAUCAAGAAAGCAGGGCGUUUAGCGUCUUUGGCCAUGCUGAAGUUCCUUCUAAAUCUGCCCGCUGCUUGGGCGUGCAGUUAUGUGGAGAUUCCAUGGCAAGACCACGGACAUCCCUCGACAAUGGAGCUUGCUAACGUCUUCAACAGCACGAUGUACACAGUCGAUGCGGUUCCACGAUCUGCGGACAACAAAUUCGGCUACAUUGCGCCAAUGAACAUCUUCCACAUUCCUCCAACUGGCCUGCCUGUGAACGUGGCCUUCGAGGGCAUGAAUGAGGCAGGUUUAACCAUCUCGGCGCAAGCUUUCGAGUCCGUCUAUGAGCAGGCAGAGCCUGGGACGACAGGCUUGAAUGCCGUCGACGUCGUCCCGGCGCUGUUAGCAAACUGUUCGACUACUGAUGCUGCCAUUGAGCUCCUUGAGUCCGUAAGAGUUGUGGCUCCGACAUUGCCGGGAUCUUCUCCGGAGGGCCAUGGCUUGCAUUGGGCGAUCGCUGAUUCUUCUGGCCGUUCCAUCAUCGUGGAGUACAUUCAGGGUAAGCGAGUGGUCCUGGAGAACCAUCCGAGAGUGAUGACCAAUGAUCCCGACAUCAAGUGGCACUGGAAGAACUUGAAUGCGCAUGUGCAGCUGAGCCCAACCUAUCCACUUCAAAAUGAUUUUCUGCAAGUGCGGACAGAGGACGAUGUAGGAGCUGUGCCACGCCCCGUGGGGCACGGCUGGAACUUGUAUGGCAUUCCUGGCGACAGCUCGUCGCCAAGUCGGUUCGUGCGACUCUUCUACCUGCGCGGCUAUGGCAUGAAGGCGAAUCCUCCCAAGAGCUUCGAAGAUGCGGUCGUCCUCGGAACUGCUCUCCUCAACAAUGUCUUCAUCCCGUUUGGCUCUGUGGCAGCGGAUCCCAGAUCUCCCGGAGACGGACCAGAGCUGACCGACUACGGCGUUUUGAAGUCCCCUCAGGAGCGAGUGAUGCUGAUUCGAGGUUACAGAAAUUCUCAGUGGCGGAAGAUUGACCUGAAGCGAGUGGACUUCUCUCAAGCCAAGUCCUGGCUUCUAGAGGAUGGAACUCUCGGCAUCAAGGCGCCGCCCCUUGCAGUUUGCUUGAGAAUUCAGUGGUCCGGUUAUGUCCUCCUUCGCCGGUCGUAUCCGAAUGUAUUUGACAAGACUGAUUGUGGGCCUGAAUGGGCCUGA